CUCCUUCCCCUCCCUGCCCCUGUGUAGUCGGCUGUCUGCUUGCUAAGCUGCUUCGUUUGGAAUAUUUGGAACUUUGUCAAAAUUUAUUGUUCAUUUUAGUUCCCAGCAGUUUAUGUUCCGAAGAUGACGAAAAUGCCUUCUUUUUCUUCCUUUUUCUUUGCUUUGAUUUUGAUUGAAUGGUCUCGUCAGUAACGAAGGAUUCUCGGACCACAAUCAUGGCUCACUGAUUCAGACUAGUUGGCCCUUUCUCGGGUGGGCCAUUUUCAAUUUGUCACAAUCAGUACCUAAUUAGCUAUUAACUAUACUUAAUUACCCUCUUGGUAAAUGUAAUUUUAAUUUUAGUUUUUCAUUCAUUCUUGAAAAGCUAGAUUCUAUUAAUUGAAACAGUAGUUCCUAUUACAUAGUUUUUAACGAAGGCUCGUCAAAAUGAGUGCCAAGGACUCUUUGAAGGAUUGCACUGAAAAGUGUGUGAGCCUACAGCAUGGAGAUUCCUUAGGGGCAAUUGUAACUCUGCGGGAGCCCAGUGACAAAGAUGUUGCAACAUCCCUGUCUUUGUUGUGUGGAAACGUUGGGUCCCUCGUAGACAGUUCAGGACGGUGCCUCUUGCACCUUGCAGCAUCAGUUGGAAGAAUGGAAUUAGCGCAAUGGUUGGUGCAACGCUGUGGGUCAGAUUUAAAUGCUCAAGACAGAGAAUCUGGGUAUACACCUCUUCACCGAAGUAUAUUUUAUGGCCAAUUGAAUGUGGCAGUAAUACUUGCACAGAUGGGUGCUGACCUCAACAUACGAGAUUGCAACUACUUGUCACCCAUUGAACUUGCUAUGAAAGAUCGCUUACCUCAAGUUACAUUCAGUAGUAAUCUACCGUGUGAGUUGUAUGUUUGGGGAACCAAUACCAAUUUCAAUCUGGGCACUGGGAACAUGCAAGGAAGGCUGCAGCCAGAAAUUUUGGACUUUUUCCGUAAAAUGGAUCGACCAGUAUCUAUCGUCCAGGUUUACAUGGAGAAAUUUCAUACCGUUAUGGUAUCAGCCUGUGGUCGCGUGUGGACCUGUGGUCAUGGACAGGGUGGGCGCUUAGGGCUUGGUACUGAGAGGUCUGUCCUUGCUCCAAUGCAAGUACAGCUUGGCACUAUUCCCAAAAAGUUUAUCUUGGAUCCCAAAUUUUCUCCUGGCCAGCCUGAAGUUUGUGUAAGCGCUGCAGUAGGAAGAGACCACACAUUGUUGUUGAUGGAAAGUCACUCAAUUCUUGUAUUUGGUCUUAAUACUCAUCAUGUGCUGGGUUUAAGUCCACCUCCUUCUCACCUUCUUGAACCUCAAAGGCUCUCAUUGAAAAGCAUCGAGGACCUGAAGUCCCCUCCCCUAGGUGUUUGUGCUGGUCGCUUCCAUUCUGUGGUGUGGAGUCGUCGUGAGAUUCUGACUUUUGGGCUGAAUGCAGGUCAAUUGGGCCAUCCAAAGUCUCUGGAGAAGACUAUUAUUGUUCCCAAACCAAUACAUGCUAUGUUUUAUAAAGAUGUGGACAUAACACAUGUGGCAGCUAGUGAUGGUGCAACUGUUGUUGCAACAGGCAAUCGGCACAUCUGGGUAUUUCAUGAAUAUCAAAGGAAUAAGCUUUCUAUGAGGUAUUCCCUAGAAAUUGAGCAGGUUGCUGUUGUUGGUGGUCACCUUGAUUCAGGUCUAGAACCAAGCAAUUUGUCAGAGAAAGGUGAACCUUUGAAAAUUGCAGCCAUAUCUAAAGAGGGUUCCGUUUUCUUGUGGCAAGAAAAAGACCUGCAUAUGACCAGGUGCAUUCUCUCGCCUAGCCGGCAGCUAAAAAUAGUGGAUCUGACACUCAGCAAAUCUGUCAUGCUUUUAGUUACAAAUGACGGGGAAGUAUAUACUGGUGUAGUAAAACCUUGCAAGAAAAAAGCAAAUGACAUUAAGCCAUUAAAAGGAAGGCGAACUGUGCCAAAUUAUGAUGGGGAAUAUCAUGUGAUUACAAAACAGAUGGAGAGAGGACCCAUUAAAGAAUUUCUUGAUCCGGAUGUGUGUUAUCCAGUCUCUUUGCAAAGACUUCAGUGUGCUCAUAGAGCUGUCAAAAUCACAUCUGACCCUAAAGGAAGAAAUUUUGCCCUGAUUCAGACUCAUCCAUCUGUUCAUUUGAAUAAUGUGCCAGACCUCCCACUUAAAGGAGAAAGGUUGAGACAGGAUCUUUCAAAUUUGUUAUGUGAAGCUAAUGAAUGGGACACAGUUCAUGACAUCAUCUUUCAGGUUGGAGAUAGACGCUUCCCUGCUCAUAAAUUCAUUGUUUCGAGACAGAGCAAUAUUCUUUUGCACAUGAUCCGAGAAGCCAAAGUGCCUACAGCUGGUGGUUCUGUUCCUGUGAUUGAGAUUUCAGAUAUUUCCCCUGACAUAUUUGAACAUUUACUGCAUUUCAUUUAUGCUGGCGAGUGUACUCUGACACAACCUUCAUCACCAAAUUGUUCACUGGAAAAAAUUAAAAACCCCGAGAAAGAGAAGCAUCUCAAAUCGUUGCAUCCCAAUUCCAAGAGACGCUUGUCUCAGCAGUUUGAGGAUGACAAAGGUGGCAGGAAGAGUAUCUCAGAAUCUGACAAUGAAUCAUUAAAUAUAUUAGCGCAAGCAAAGGCAGCUGCUAAAAGAUUGGGUCUGUCAAAACUAUUAACCCAUCUUAAUUGUAUGAGGUAUCAGGAUGGAGACAUAAUUUGGACUGGUGGAAAAGAGAAAGUUCACAUCAGAAAUACAGAGAUUGUUCCAAUGGAGUGGAAAGAAACUUCAGAGUUCAGUGAUAUUCACAUUCAGUCUAAGGAUGGCCACAAUUUUUAUGUACACAAGUGUAUACUGGUUGCAAGAUCUGAGUAUUUCCACCACAUGUUGGCUGGCGGUUGGAUUGAGAGUAAAGGGACUCGAAAUCUCGAGAUGCCACUAGAUCAAUCAAUUCUCUCAGUAUUGUUUGAUUACAUUUACAAAGAUGAAACACCUAUCUUGGAUAAAAUUGGUGGUGUAGAUUUUGAACUUGCCACAUACUCAUUAAUUGCAGCUGACCAGCUAUUGAUUAAUCCCUUUAAGACUCGGUGUGAAGCUGCUUUGGCCUCAUUAUUGACCUUACAAAAUGUGACUAUGGUCUUGGAACUUGCAGCCACUUACAAUGCAUCUGACUUGCGCAAUUGCUGUUACCAAUUUAUCUGCCUUAAUCUACCAUCUUUGUUGGAAGCUGGGACCUUGUGUGGACUUCCAUCAUUUAUUUUGGAGGGCUUACGCGAUUAUUAUUGCACUAUGCAUCCAAGAAUGGAGUGUCGAGUCCUCACACCUCUGUCUUAUGCUCCUUCCCCAGACUUUGUAAAAGAACUUGCAGCUUCUAACACUAUUUUAUGGGAUGAAGAAUUAAAUUUUGAUGAGCUGGAAAGUCAAAGGAAGUCCAAGAGCUUUGCCAAAAAGAAAUCGCGGCCACGACGUACAAGUGAAUCGCACCGAUCGCGAUUCCGCAAUGAUUCAGUCAGCUCCAUAAAUUCAGAUGAUUUAGACACAUCUUUGGAUCCAGAACCCUUAGAUUGGAGUGAUAUAGUAGAGAAGGAAGAGUCACAAAUGAGCCAAUCAUUUGAAAAGAUUUCUCUUGGUGACAGCAAGGAAGCCACAGAGAAAGCAGAAAAGCAAAAUCAGUGGACCAAGGUCCUGAGCAACAGUAAAAUUCAUAAAACAAUUCAGGCCCGGCUUAAAGCUGCUGCUACAGCUCGAGAAGAGGUUCUGGUUGUUUCGCCUCCAAAGCAGGAGAGUCCUGUAACAACAUUGCAUCUGCACGCCUAUCCACCCACUCCUCAGUCACCACAGCAGGCUGUACAGCAGGUCGUAACACAAAAUCGUCCACUGAAACAAGAUGCUCCCAACAUUACAGAGAAACAUUUUCCUCAACUUGGUUAUAGUGAUGGGGUCCGAGGAAGCCCCAAAGUGAGCUUGGUACCUAUGAUGCCCAUUAGUGAAAAGCGCAUCAGCAAAUUGUCUCAAAAGCAACGGAAAAAACUUGCUUUAGAAGAAAGUGGAGGUUCCUCAACACCCAUUCCAGUGGCGCCUGCACCUAGAGGUUGGGGACAGCGGGAGAGUGUUCCUCCAGAAACUCCUCCUAGUCUCUCCCUGGCUGAUAUAAUGCAGGAACAGUUGCAUAGAUCUAAACAAACGGUUGGUGCGGCAUCCAAACCCAUCAACAUUCGAAGAUCACCUAGUGGUCCUUUCACUCAAAGCCCACACAGUUCGGGCUCUCCUUGGGGACGAAUGGAGUCUGUAAUGAACCCAUGCACACCCCCCAUGUCACCGCAAUCGCCACAUGCAGAGCCCAGCCCUGACAAAAGUGGCUCUCGACAGAAUUUCUCUGAUAUAAUGGCAAAUGAAAUGAAGCAGAGAGAGAACUGGACUCGCAUGCGCUCCAAACCCCUCAACUUGACGCAGAUUGAGGACAGGGCCAUUGAUGACCUUGUCAAUUUCUACAAUGCCAAUGAAGCCUGUGAAGAACGCAUUACUGUGCGCCGUGUCCUGAGCACUAAUGUGGCUUGUCCUGUUUGGGUUACGUCCAAGCACUAAAAUCGUAGAAUAUAAUUGACCUAGAAACUAUCAUUUCAAGAAUGACUUCAAGUAUUUUACUUUUAUGAAUAAUCAUUCAUUAUUUCUUAUGUGUUUAUUGAAUGGCCAACAAAGUGGAUAGGUGCUCUCUGUAGGUUGCUUGAAUCUGUGAUUUCCUAACCAUGAGUUGAUGGUUGUAUUAUCUUAUUGGGUAUCCCUAGUAAAACUAUUUAUUUCCAAUGUAUCAAUGAAUUAGUGUUUCCUGUCUGACAAAAACAAAACAUAAAAACAAUAGAAAUUAGACAAGGUUCGAGUUUUGGCUGUUCUUAUUUCAGAUAAGAAUAACCCAGCAUAAUUAUUCUCUUUGCUUUUAACAGACAAAUAAAUCUACGUGCAAUUA